AGUGGGCAUGAAUAUUUUGCUCCAGUGCCCGUUUGCCCUGAGUGGUUGCUUACUUGCCUCUUCCCCACCCCCUUCACGUGUCUUCAGCGUGGUUCUCAAUCUGUGGUCGCCCUGCUGCGUCCCAGCCUUCCUUCUCCUGGUAAUUGGACUUGUGUACUCUGAACUGAUGAAUUCAGACAUUCCUCGUGGGGUUACAAAUAGACGGAAGCUGCACUUGGUUCAUGGCUUGUCUGUUGGCAUAGCAGUUGUGGGCCGAAUCCUACAUCGUAUGGGCAUUUGUCAUCAGGUCAGCUUUAUCAGAUGGUUCAUUGCCUGUUUUCUUACCGGCUUGAAUCCACUUCCUGCCGGCCUGCGGGUGAAGGAUCUGAAGUUUUCUGAGGUGCCAGUGCGAGUCUAUGAACCCACCACUGUUUGUAAUGGCUUGAGAAGAGGUCUUGUUUAUUUCCAUGGAGGAGGAUGGGUGUUGGGAAGUAUAGAUUCUGUUGAUGAAGUCUGCCGACACGUUGCCAAGGAGUCUGACACCACUGUUGUUUCUGUUGGGUACCGAUUAGCCCCUGAACACAGGUACCCUGCCCAGCUGGAUGAUUGCGAGGCCGCGACAUGUCACUUCCUGUCUGUGGCUGAGGCAGAAUUCAGAGUGGACUCUCGCAGAGUGGCAGUCGGAGGGGACAGCACUGGAGCUAACCUGGCAGCAGCACUUUGCCAAAGGCUGGCGAGGAGAGAGGACGGACAUCUGCCGUUCCCCUGCGCUCAGGUCCUCAUCUACCCAGCCCUGCAGAUGGCAGAUUUCAACCUGCCCUCAUACCAGCAAAAUCAUGCUGUGCCCAUAUUGUUUCGUGGCCGGAUGGCGUUCUACUUCUUGCAGUAUCUAAAUGGGGACAUGUCUGUGUGCCAGGAUGUGCUGGAAGGCAACCACGUCCCCACUGAGCUCAGGCCACGCUACAAGAAGUGGCUCUCCCCUUCCAACUUACCUCCCGAGUGCCUUGCAAGGGGUUUCUGUGAGCACCCAGUCCCAGAAUAUGAUGGGGAGGUGUAUCACGCAAUCAAAGCUGGUUUGGAACCCGAGGUUUCACCUUUACUGGAAGACGAUGCUGUCAUUGAGAAAACCCCACCCACCUUCAUCCUCACCUGUGAGUAUGAUGUCCUGAGGGAUGAUGGGAUUCUCUACAGGAAACGGCUGCUGGACUUAAAAAAAGACGUCACUUGGCGACAUGUGACGGAUGGUUUUCAUGGCAUGAUUAACUAUUUUAACCAGGGCUGGCUCACCUUUCCCUGUGCCCUACAGCUUGUGGAUAGUGUUGCUGAAUAUGUGAAAACACUGUGAAGAUCGUAAAUAGGAAUGCACUUUAUCCUACUUUCCAUGUUGCUUUACAUUUUAAUAAACAAAUGUUGCCUCCAGUGGCAGGGUGUUCCUCUUCAUUAAAAGUAUGCCGUUCACAGAAGGUAAAAAACUGACAAAAAUCAAUGAACAAAAGCUGUUUUAUUCCAAAAAUGAGAUGUAGCCUGAGGACCCAAAGUCUGUAAACAAUGUCUGGCACAAAUUUUACAAUAUAUAGCAUAUACUGCCAAAAGGUAAAUGUUGAGCCUAUUUCUUUUUAACACAGAUGUAAGACAUGUCCCAUUUGCUUGCAGGAUACUCUGCUUGCCUUGUCUUUCAGUGUUUGCUGUAUCCAUGGCAACAGAGCUCUUCUAUUUCUCCUCCACUGCCUAUGCCAUUAUGGAGCCAGGUGAACACACCUGCAUGCUACCUGUUUUGAUAACCGUGUCCUAGCAGGUGUUUGACACCAGGAACAGUAUGGAUCAAAGGGGAAUAGUGCAGGAUAAAUGGGCUCAAACUGGAUGGAGAAUAGAGCAAAAGUAUGCAAACAAAGUACUGCUGGGCAACUGGGCAGAAGAAAGGCUUCAGUUCACUCGGGAGCCAAAGACAGCCAGCAGCACCACUCGUGCAGACUACCGGCCCCACUGGGACUUCAAGCCAGACGUGUCUGAGAGAAGGUCUGCCCUGCUGAGAGCUGAGGGGGUUCCAGCCAAGCUGCUAUUUGCCCGCUGUGACCCACCAUCGUCUCAUUACUUGGUCACGCAGUAUGAAGAGAGCUACGGUCAUACUAAACACACCACUGCUUCGCCCAGUCUGCAACCCUGGCACCCAGAGAGCUUGACAUGGCAGCCCAAAAGGUGUGAACGGCCAGCUUCUGUCCUUCCAACCAACUUUGGCCCGCUGCAGCAUACAAAGCACAAUCUGGAAAAGCAGCACCUCCCAUCACUGACUGCAUACAAGUCAGCAUACCAGAGGCACCCGCUUCAUGCCUUCUGCCAGAAUCGCUUUGCCAGGGCUUCACGUGCGCUCUCCAGUCACCUCCACGCAGCCAAUCACAACAACAAGGACCUGGAUCUGAGACGGCGCUCGCUGCUGCAAGUCCCAGAUCUUUGCUUCAGUCCACUUUCACCAUCACAACAAACUUAAACGACAACACUGAGCGGCCUCACGUGCGACUUGUUAAUUUCAAAGCUCAUCAAAGUGGUGCUGCUUGUUUCCUUUUUUAUUAGUUGGCUGCAUGAAACAAAUAUAACAGAGCAGACCAUGUGGGAAAUCAAAAUGUAUUUGAAAAAUGAAAAUCUUGUUUAAUUUACUAAACGCUGCUGUGAGGACUACUGGAGAUUUAAUCUUAAAUGUCUGAAACCACAAUUAUCUGUUAGUAUUACCCCAGAUACUCUAGAUACACUGGGAAAAAAAAAAUUAGAAUAAAACAAGUGUUGAUGCCAGAACUGACCUGUGUAUUGAGGCAAACUGGAAACCAUGAGUCAUCCAAGGCACCGUCUGAAGGGACGUGUCUAACUCCCAUUUCAUUAGGUGUUUAAUUACAGGGAAUC